AAAAGCAAAGAGGCAGCAGGUCCAUUCACUGUGAAACACCUGUUGCUCAAACAGAGCUUUGCCUGCUUAUGGAAAAUCCUGUUUUUCUGCCUUCCUAUUUGUCUUUGUGAUAUUCAAGAUGAGCGCUGCCAAAUAAAGGGCACAGAGGUAUGUAACAUGACCGUCCAGACUGCACUGGACCAAUUUCCUUCUCUACGCGGGUGUGUGUGUGCCUGGGAGGAGGAGCUUUGUGACUCUCUACAAGCGUUGGCCUCACAAUGCCCCCACAAGCCAGCAAUUCAGAAGAAGAGGAGCAAAAUUAUAGACUGGAAAUCAAGCAGUUUAAUAGACAUUGAGUAUGAUGGUGCAGGGUCCUGUGUGGAUCGAAUUGGUGUCUGUGUCAGCGAUUCAGUUUGCAACAAACACCUGGCACCUGUUCUUCAAGCGUGCACGGCAGAGCGAUGCGAUGGGGACGUCUGUCAGACAGAAAUCCAACAGUUCUACCGUAACAUGCCACAAAGGGCUGCAGAGAUGCUGGUGAUGUGUGAGUGCGAUGCAUCUGAUCAGAGCUGUCUACUGAUGAGAAGUGGUCUACAGAGUGGCAAAUGUGGAGAUGAGACCAAGAUCUGCCAGGAGAGAGUGGACCAGUGUGUGGAGGACAGUAACUGCAGAGACCUGCUGAAAACUCUCCAAGCCAACUGCUGGAGCCCUGAAGAGGCCCGGUGCAAUGACAAAAAUCUCCAAAGAGAUGAAUGCUUCCCCCUGAGGGAUCCAGCCUUCAUCCUUGGCACACGUACUGAAUGUAAAAGGGCCUUCUUGGACACUUUAGGCACAGUGCUACAUUAUCCCUGUACUUGCAAAGGAGUACACAAUAACCAUCUGGUGACGUGUCAAAGGAUUUAUGACAUAUUUCAUAACAGAACACACUUCAUAGAAUUUAAGGAAAGCCGUGUGGGUCUUACAAAACCGAAUGAAAUCAGUGAGUCUGAACAUGCUCACACUUGGUUUUAUGAUCAUCUGCUGUAUGCUUUCUCAGCUGUGCUGUUUGCAGGAGUUAUUAUUAUUAUACUUCUGGCUGCUGUCAGUAAACUCUGGUAAGUAUAUCAACCUCAAUUGAAUGGAAAUGUCUGAAAUACCUGGUAUUUUAUUUACUUUUUUGCUUAUAGGUUGUUGAGAAGCAGAGAUAAAAUCAAUCUCUGCAGUCCACGGAGAAGGGCUUGUGUUGUUACUCUUUGAUGUUUAUUUAUUUUGGCAUUUGCCGUUCCAUAUUUUCCUUUUUUCAACAUGGAAUGUAUAUGCACAGGCUUUUUCCAAAGUUGAAUAAAACACGGACAGAAAAAUGAAAGUUUUAGAUGAAGAGGGAAUAGUUCAAAAGUCCCAUGAGUAAAUGAAAAAUGCCUGAGAGUAAACUAAAGUCAAUUUUCACUUGUUGCUUGAUAAUAUGCACCAGUUGGCUCAGUUACACUUGGUAUCAAUGGUAACAUUAUUUUGUUAAUUUCUUUUUUAAUAUUGAUCAAGCUCUUUGGCUUUUAUAGUACAGUUGAGAGUUUGUUAGAUUUUUCUCUUUUGCUGUCAUGUGUGUAGGGCAAAUUUGACCAUGUUUUGACUUUGGUAUAUGAUAUUACGAUGUGUUCAUUGGAAAUCUAAUACAAACUAAAUAAAUGACAAUGAUUGAAAAAAACAAAUAACAUGUUGUGACUGGAGUGACUACUAAGAUACCAAUAA